AUGCAGCAGCGCGUGGAGUUGUUUUUACGAGGCCUUUGCCAGUUCUGCCCCUCUGUGAGCUGCAUGAUGAAGCUGGUUUCCCGGACUGUGCGCAAGAGCACAGGCCGCUACAUGACUAGAUUCGAGUAUUCAGCGAUGCACGUUGCUUGCUUCGUGGCCCUGAUCUUCGGAGUUCCAGUCGAGAGUGCUCGACCUGCUCAUCAACAGCAGAUGUCGACGGGAGGCAGUCUCGGAUACGAUGAUGUUUGUUGCUGCAAGCGGCACAAAGAGGUGGGGAGCACGCUCCGAAAACCGGGACACACGGAGGACAUGCAGCGAGUAGAUUGCCAGACGUUGAAGCAAAUGCGGCCGGACAGGCCCUUCUGGUGGCACUGGGGAACAGAGCGGGGGUCCGAGAAACAAUGCUGCUGGACGAGCUCGUGGAACUGCCUGCCUACCAUCGGCUUUCUCUCGCUGAACGAAGAUGGCGGAAGACGGAUCGAUGAUAAAGACCGCGAGGGCCUUUGCCAGAUGGCUACAACCCCCGCUGGAGACGUGGAGCCAAUCGACAAGACCUUUGCCUGGAACGAGAUUAUGCAGUCCCUUUACAGCGACAUCGGUGAUAUGGUUGUUAGCAAGCUAUGUGGGAUGGCAACGGGCGUUGCAGCCGCACACGGCCCAGGGCAUGUUGGACAAUGUGCUCAGACUCACAGGCAAGCAGGCUCACUCCAUCGAUCCGGCCAAGUUGCCUUGGGAAAGGCUUUCGAAGGCGCUGUUGGCCAGCAUUUUGCGUCCACUGCGUCAUCAAGGCACCCGAUAAUGCCUCCCACGGAAUGGUUCCACUACGGUGGUGACAGGCCCCUCGAGGUCGCAAAAUCAGUGCACGUGUUUAACGGGAAGAAAUUCCCAAACAUGAGGUAUUGGUUCCACCCAGAGCUUCAAGAAGAUGGACACGUGGUGAUCGUCUUCCAGGAUCCCAACACCUACGUGCCUCCGGAUAAACGGACAAGGGCUCCGGUCAGUACUUCCGGGGGGGGUUUCUGCGGGCAGGAUAAGAACCACUUUGAGAAGGUCUGUGUUCAGACGACUGAAGCCGGCGAGAUCGAAGCCUUGACGGUCAAUGUUGAUCUGAACAAGGAGCUGGAUGUGAAAGCCGAGGUCCCACUCUAG